GUGUCCCUGCUUCCAACAUGAUUCUGGGAGAGGGCAGGGGAUUUGAGAUUGCCCAGGGUCGUCUGGGGCCGGGAAGGCUGCACCACUGUAUGAGGGCUGUUGGUGUGGCAGAGUUGGCACUGGAGCUGCUCUGUGAGCGAGCUGCCUCCAGGCAGACAUUUGGAAAGAAACUAUACCAACAUGAAGUUGUUGCUCACUGGAUAGCAGAGUGCCGUCUCAUGAUAGAACAGACCCGCCUGCUGACGCUGCAUGCUGCUCAUGCCCUAGAUACACUGGGCAGCCGAACUGCUCGCAAACAGGUAAUAUUGCCAAAAGUCUGUUUUGGACAUAGUCACAUGCUGUGUCCCAAUUCCAGUAAUUAGACUUCAGAAUGCCAC